CCCGGCGUGUCCGGGGGCGCGCGCGGGGGGCGAUGCCGGCAUUCCCGCCGGGAAUGCUCCUCCCGCUGCUCCCGCUGCUCCCGGGCCUGCUCUUCUUCCCCGCGCUCUUCCUGCUCGCCCGCGCCGCCUUCCGCAGGAUCGGGGGGGCCGCCCGCGACAACGACACCGUCCUGGCAGCCAGGUUGGUGUCCUCCAUCCAGGCCGUGAUGGCCUCGACCGCCGGCUACGUCAUCGCCUCCUCCUGCCCCCACGUCAUCGAUGACACGCACUGGCUGGCCUCGGCCUACCCCCCGUUCGCGGUGCCCUACCCCCCGUUCGCGGUGCCCUACUUCGUGUAUGACGUGUAUGCCAUGUACCUGUGCCACCUGCGGCGCCCGCAGCUGAAGGGCCACGCCCGCCCCGCCCCCGGCGCCGCCGCCGCCGCCGCCUUCCUGCGAAAGGACCUCCUGAUGGUGCUGCACCACCUGGCCAUGGUGCUCGUCUGCUUCCCCGUGGCCACCGUGAGACACCUGGGCACACCUGGGGCAUCAAACACACACCUGGGCACACCUGGGGGCACCUGGGCACACCUGGGCACACCUGGGCACACCUGGGGGGCACUGAGAGGGGAUUUGGGGGCACCACCUGGCCAUGGUGCUCGUCUGCUUCCCCGUGGCCACCGUGAGCUCACCUGG